ACAUGUGUGCCGACACUUUCAAGCAAAGUUGCAAAAAUAAAACUGGACUGAUAAGGAGAAGGCAGCGAACGCUCUUAAAGUUUGGCAUAUUUACGAGGCGUAUUUAAAGGCAGCACAGGCCGUCGGCUGUUUAGAGAACUUUCCGGGCUCAUAGACGGGAUGAUGGUGCUGUAGCUUCACUCUGUUGGCUAUAAGUACACAACAGAGACUUUUAGUAUGAAGAGUAGUCUUAGUUUCUCUUCGGAAAAAAAGAAAGGGAAAAAAAGUCAUCUGUUGAGGUUGAACCUCCAGCUUCCCUCCUCCCCCCCCCCGCUCUGGUUUAACUCCUCACUCCCCCUAGCGGCGGAGCUCCCAGCCGAAGAGCGUCACAGUGCCGGUGUCGGUCCCCACAGUCGGAGUGAAAGUUGUCUCCGCUCGGAAAAGCGGGGGUUCGGGACUCGCCAGUUCGCACCGCCGUAGAUUCACGCGCUUACUCCCGGAGAGAUGAGGCGGAAAGAGAAGAGGCUGCUGCAGUUCGCUGGGCUGCUCAUAGCGGCUCUUCUUUUUCUCCCAAAUGUCGGGUUGUGGUCUUUGUACAAGGACAGAGUCUUCGACAACUCGCCCGACUCAGUGGACGGUCCGGGCGGCAUCCCCCAGAUACAGGGAGUGAAUCGUGCGGGGAAGGGCGCUCAGCUGGGACGCAACGGUGUGCGGCGAAAAGACUGGCAUGACUAUGAAGCAAUCAAAAGAGACGCAUCUCGAUCUGGUAACGGUGAACAGGGGAAGCCGUUCCCCCUGACUGAUGCUGACCGGGUCGAUCAAGCCUACAGAGAAAACGGCUUCAACAUUUACGUCAGCGACCGCAUCUCCCUGAACCGCUCUGUUCCUGACAUCCGCCAUCCAAACUGUAAACACAAGCUGUAUGCAGAGAAGCUGCCCAACACCACAAUCAUCAUCCCGUUCCACAACGAGGGCUGGUCGUCGCUGCUCAGGACGGUUCACAGCGUGCUGAAUCGCUCUCCCCACAGCUCAUAG